AACCAGUUUUUGAAUUACUCUGUCCUGGUUGUUCAGGUGGAAAAGCAAUGGUUUUUUAAAUAUUCCAAAAAUAUUCUUUAAAAAAAAGACGAUAAGCUUUUGAGUGGCGACUUUAGAUGAAAAAAACACAUUCCCGUUAAGAUCGGGGCAAACUCAUUUGUUUACCUUCGCUACCUCGUUUUAUCCUUUGUGCAAGAAUUCCUGGGAGAACUACUGCCCCCCCCCCCCCCCCCCUUCCGAAAUAAAAGCGAAUCUUUACAUACUAUGAAAUAACAGUCUUUUUCCAGAGAUUUCAGAAUUUUAAAGGGACUGUGUAUCUAUUUGAAAACAUUUAUAAUAAUUUGUUCUAUAAGCACAGGUUAGCCCAUUUCAAAAGUAAAAGGGCCAGAAUGGUCAGAAUUGUCGAUACAUAAUGAUAUUGAAGUCUCAAGGGUACCUUACUGCAUGCAGGCUGCCCACAAACAAUAACAAUCGCUUUUCCUGAAUAAUGGAUGACGAGCCGAUUCUAAAAGAUGAGUUCAGCUGGGGAUGCCGUACAGUACAAUUAAAAUUGUUUACAUUCAGUCUCCAGCUAACUGGACUACCUUGCUGCUUAAACUGUUACAAAAUACAUCACGAUAUUCUUCUAGAGGAUAUCAUUGGAACAUCAAUAUCCAACUCAAAGAAUCCUGGCUGCAAUGAUGGUGAUGGAAGGUAUUUACAUGUGUAUUGGUAUCCCAGAAAAAAGGUUUAUGAGAGCGACAAGGAGAUGAUCUUGGUCUGCAGAAAAAUUAUUUGUCUCAGGUUUAACGGCAACAAAGAAGAGGCAGCUACAAGACUGAAGGUAUGGGAUCGAUCUGUUCAGUAUUAUUCAAGAGGACUUGUCAGGAUAUCACAAGAUGCAAUAUUAUCUUAUGUACACCCUGUACAUAAACCUAUACUGUUCUUGGUUAAUCCAAAGUCAGGCAAAGGAUUAGCAGAAAAAUUGUUUCACCAGCAAAUAGAACCGGUUCUAGUUCAGGCGGGUCGUCCCUUUAAACUUCUACUCACAACCAAACCAAACCACGCCAGAGAAGUGAUUGCCCACCAGGAUUUAAGCGAAUGGGGUGCUAUUGUGGCCGUUUCAGGAGACGGAUUGAUCCAUGAGAUGAUUAAUGGAUUGUUUGAGAGGAAGGAUUGGUCGUCUUCCUUCAAAACUCCAUUCGGAGUUAUUCCCGGGGGCAGUGGAAAUGGUCUGGCUCGAUCCUUGGCUUAUCACAGAAAAGAGGUUCAUGAUAGGGAUGGUGUGUUUCAGAAUACCCUUGCUGUCAUCAGAGGAGAAAAUAAACCAAUAGAUCUUGUUUGUGUAGAAACUAAAGAGGGUCCAAUCUACUCCUGCCUCAGUAUAGGGUUCGCUUUCAUGGCAGACGUGGAUAUUGAAUCAGAGUGCCUUAGGUUUAUUGGUGAUCUAAGGUUCCCGUUAUGGAGUAUUAUCAGGUUUACAAAACUUAGAUACUACAGAGUUCGACUUUGGUACCUACCAGCUGACAAUAUGGAACUACAGAAGAAUGGUCAAAAGAAAAACAAGAAAGAGAAAAAUCAGAAGAAUGGUUCCGUUUCUAAGCGUUCUCGGCUCUCUGGCCUAGACAACAACGGUGUACAAUAUGAAGAGGGUAUGGGAGUUUAUCGGUCACAUGACCGAUAUUAUUCAACCUGUGACACAAACUACGAGAGCACAAUCUGCGAUGAUUCAUCGUUACAUUCAUAUCAGGAGAUGGACAGUGAGACUGAUUCCAAUACAUUCUGUUCAAUUUCUGAGACCAGUGAGUUCCUUUACUCAGAUCAAUCAAAGUUCAAGAUUCCAGAUUUAGGAGUUCCAACGUUAAACCAACCUGUUCCUAGUUCCUGGGUUAAAUUAGAAGACGACUUUGUUCUCCUCUACGCUGUUACUCAGUCCCAUCUGACUGCCACUAUGCAUUUCUCCCCCUCAGCUACUCCAGAUGAUGGUGUUAUAUGGUUAACCAUGAUACGCAGAAGUUACUUCUCCAGUGGCCAGGUACCGAGAUCCCUUCUUGUAAAUGUUUUCACUAAAUCGGAAUCAGGGCAGCAGGUGCUGCUUCCAGGGGUAGAAACUAUACCGGUCAAAUCAUUCCGGUUUGAACCAGUGGAUAACAGAGGUUUAAUAACAGUGGAUGGCGAAGUGAUAAAAACCGGUAAAAUCCAGGCAACCAUCCUUCCCUCAGUGCUCAAUAUGCUGGCUUAAAUGCUUAAAUUGGUUUAAAAUUUUAUCAACAAAAUAAUUUUCAAUUCCUUUGUUGUCUACGUAUUGGUGUGUGAAAUUUUUAGAUAAUGAUUUUAGAAGAAAAAAAUGGUUCUUUGAAAAGUGAGCCGCCUUCAUGAAAUAUGAUAAAAACUAUUAAACUUUUUUUGAAAACUUUUAAUAUAUAUAUAUAUAUAUAUAAAAUUAUAAGAAAAUUAAAUGAUAAAAACAAAAGACAAAGAAUUGAAAUAUGCUUUUUUAAUGUAGAGUAAAUUUCUUUUUUACAAUCUUCAUUUUUCUUUCCAUCCAGGUUUAUCCUGAAAAUGCUUAAAAAUUGUCACACCUAACUAUUGUUCUAAUCCUAUGUAUUAUGGAGAUCACGGUGUUUCAAACAUUUUGUUUCAGAAUUUAAAGAAAUAUUUUAAACUCCGUUUAUUUUUGUAUUUUUCAAUUAUAUCAAAUAUCAAUACAAUAUUUUGAUAUAUUUUCUACACUUUUUUAUAUGUUGAUAUAUAAUAUGUUCAUAAUCCAACCAAUCUAAUAACAGUAUAUUUUUAUAUAUCUUUAUUUGUAAACCACACAGAAAUCUAAUAAACAUCUUACAUCAGAAGGUUCUCCCAUAUUUAAGAUUAUUCAAAAAUAAUGAUAUUAAUUUUAAGAUGUAUGUUUAUUAGAUCUCCCUGUCCUAGUAUAGACUGCAUUUUAUAUUUUAUAUUUUGUGAAUUUUAUAUUUUUAUAUUUUUAUAUCUGUUUAAUGCUCUUGGAAACCUUUGCUUCAAAUAAAUACAUUCUUUUAUAUAUAACAUAGCCUGGUACCAAAAUAUAUAUAACAUAGCCUGGUACCAAAAUAAAAACAUUCCCAUGGUUCUACCAAGUUCCACAAUCAAAGUUUGAGGCAAAUCUGUCUAGGGGUUCACGAGUUAUGAUCGCACGUGCAUACAAAUAUAGUUUACUACUUUAUGUAGAUAUAUGUAGAAAUAAACAACAUUAAAUAAUCAA